GCCGCCGGCUCCUCUCCCCGCGGCCGCACUGACCUCCGCGCUCUCCUUCCCGCCGCCGAGGAGGAACCCCCUCAACAAAGGAGGGGGGAGCGGCGAAAGGCGGGGGGACGGACAGACAGACACACAGACACAGACACACGCGGCCGCUCCGUCCGGAUGCGGUGAACCCCCCGCUUCGCCUCCGGGGGGGCCGCAUCGGCGCGGGUGGGAAGGAGAGGAGAAGCGGCGUCUCCCCGGCUGCCACCAUGGGCUGCUGCACGGGGCGCUGCACGCUGAUCUUCCUCUGCUCGCUGCAGCUGCUGGCAGCAUUAGAGAGACAGAUCUUUGACUUCCUUGGUUUCCAAUGGGCUCCUAUCCUUGGCAAUUUCCUACAAAUAAUAGUUGUCAUUUUGGGUUUGUUUGGAACCAUCCAGUUUAGGCCUCGAUAUAUAGUUGUGUACACGGUGUGGACUGCCCUGUGGGUCACCUGGAAUGUUUUCAUUAUCUGCUUCUAUUUGGAAGUAGGCGGACUUUCAAAGGAAACCGAUCUCAUGACCUUUAACAUCUCAAUGCACCGCUCUUGGUGGCGGGAACACGGGCCCGGCUGCAUACGAAGGGUGGUGCGUCCUUCUGCUCCCAGCAUCCUAGAGGAUUACUCCUACGUCUCCGUCACAGGCUGCAUAAUUGAUUUCCAGUACCUAGAGGUCAUUCACAGCGCUAUCCAAAUACUCCUCUCCCUGAUUGGAUUUGUGUAUGCCUGUUACGUGAUCAGUAUUUUCAUGGAGGAAGAGGACAGCUUUGAUUUCAUAGGUGGACUUGACACAUACUCCUACCGACAGCCCCCCCAGGAACAUGUUGAGUUAAAGCCUGUAAAGCCUGUAGGUCGAAGUAAGUAAUGAACAUGGACUCAAGAUUUCUGCCGCUGUAGCUGAAGAAACAGAUUUUAGAAGAAAAGACCAACCUUGUGACUCAUCGCUGUGGAAGAAACCCACCAUCCGUUUCUCACGGCAUGUGGAUUGCUCUUCCCACAGGCUCAGUGUCAUUAUCAGCGUUGUUAUUUCAUAGAUCCUUGUAGAUGAUCUUGAAUUUUUGAAUAAUUUACUUAUAUGGACACUUGUAAAUUGUAAAUUUUUUUCUUUUUUAAUUUCAAUAUUUUUACAACAUUUAGUGUUAAGGCAUGAAAACAAAAUAACCUGUGAAAACUAGGAGAAGGGUGCGUCUUUCUCAAAAAAGUCAGUAUUUUUUGACCGAUAAAGUCAUACUAUGCCUGGUCAAGAUUGUGUCAGUAAACAGUAAUUUUGACUCCAAAAUAUGCAGCAGGAGUCAAACCCUAACAAUGUACAAGAGAUCAUUUCAAUGCUGUAUUUAGAAUUCACAAUGUCCGCUCCUUGCAUUGUUUGAACUGCCGUAUGCAGUAGGAAUUGAUCUAUGACUCUUCUUACCCAGAUGUUCCAGCAGUAAUGUACUCAUCUGAUUAUUGCAAUUCAUAUAUGGCUUCUUCUCCUUUCCUAAUCCCUUUCACCCACCACCAGUAUCUGUUUCUGAUUUGAAGGGAAGCAGGACGACCGCUCUAUGGAUGUCAGUCUCUAGGAACCCUUACAUCCAGGGCUCUUCAGAUGCCUGUGAUUUGCACAUUUUCAAACUCUUUUCCUCCCUUCUCCCAGGAAGAAGCCAAGCAUGAAUGUACAGUACAAGGCACCAACUGAAGCCUUAGAAGCCUCUGGGGACUAAUUUUGCUCUUAAUUUAAAAGUACACAAGCAAACCUGAAAAUGCGUGUAAAAAUUUGUAAAGUUAUUUGUAAAUACUUCUAGACAAAGAACAUGGAUGUAACUCUGUGGCAUUUUGUUUUCUAUUCUGUCACCACUAGCAUAAAGUGAUACACAAAGCUAUUUUCUCUGGGGAACUGGCAGUCUUUUUAACAGAACACUGUUUCUUUCUUCUUAAUUACUUUAUAAAGUGCUGUGCACAGUUACAUGCCCCAGAGAGUUACGUCUCUCCGCAGAGCCUAUGUGCCUCAGCAUUCAGUGGAAAACUCAUCAGGGUUUUGGGUCUGUUUCUGGGUUUACGCUUUCUCAUUUUGUGGUUUCUUUGGCGGCACUGUCAGGAAGGAUGGUACUUCUGAUACGCUUAUCUCUGUCUCUCCACCAGAAACUGAAAAGAGGUCCACUAAGUUCCUUCAUAAAUAUCCUAAACAGUCUUCAGCUGGUAAUUUCUGGUCCAACAACAUUUAGAUCCUAAAUUUGCAGUCUACUCUUGAAUCAUGUAUUUUAAAGUCUGAGCAGAUGAGAGCUAGAAGAAGGCUUGUCUUGAUUCUUUGCCUACUAAAUGUUGUGUUAUUUAUCCAUAUAAACCCAGUGGGGAUGCUAAUAAAUAUAAAGGAGAUAGAGUCUAUCGUUUUUAGGUGUCAAGGCUUUUGUGGUGCAUCCAACUGUUUCACAGCUAGUUAAAUCAAAGACCUCGCCUUCUUUGGAGAAAACACAACCUGAACACAGGUUAACCUUCCCUGAAACCGAGUGUGAAGUAAGUGUUAAGACAAAGCCAAGAGAAACAACAACUGAAAAAAAAAACCUUUCAUAGUAUUCCUAGGACUGGUUAUACCUCAAAUGGUAUGUCUUUGUGUGUGAAGGCAGACAGUGCCAAAAAGAGGGGUGCUUUGUAUGAAGAUAAUGCCGUCUGUCCUUGUGUAUUUGUGUGUUCCCUCAUACACUCUUUCCCCCUAUAUUCUAGAAUACUGCAAAGUGCCAGGUUUGUCCUAUCUUGAAGAACGCAGCAGUAAAAAACAGGUAGUUUGUCACAAAACUAAUACGAAUAACAUAAUUUUUGAGGCAUCAUGAAGAAGAUACAGUGUGAAUUGCUUUAUAGCUGUAAUAUUUUAAUGAGGCGAAAACAUUUUUAUCUGCUUCUGUAAUAUUUUACUUCUGCUUAGUAUGACAGAUCAUUUCAUUUCUUUACAUGAUCCCUUAAACAGUGACGAUGUCUACGUAGGCCUGCAGCCUUCUGUGUUUGUGAUAGCUCCAGAACUCGGCAUAUCUGAGCACCGUUCAGUGUCUGACAGUUUCCAGAAGCUGCUUUGCCUCAACUUUCUCAAUGACAGAGAGAGUUCAGGAUGUGGGCAUCUACCAUGAUGAUUCCUAUGACGAAUGCGGUUCCCAUUUGGGCUUUACAUUUCAGCAUUAUUUUCCCUGCAUUAAUUGUUACGGGCUGGCAGAUUAAAGGCCUCCGACUGAACCCAGCGCUACCCCCAGAACCAGGCGGGAGGAAAGGGAAGGAGUGCUACCUCCCUGCCACUUGCACAGAUCCACAUUCUGUUCUGGCACAGCUUUGGAAGCGUAUUAUUUCAUUUUCCACCAAGACAGACACGUCUGCUGGACCACGUUUCACAAAUUUGUCUGAAUGCAUCUAAACCCUGCCCUUCCGUGGGUCCUUCAGGUUUUCAGCUUGCUAAUAAAGAACUGUGUACAUGCCACAAAAAUUCUGCAAAGGCAGAACCUGACUUCUCUUCCAUCUGAAAUAUCGAUCGCAUUUUAGCUGGGGAACACAAACCAGUAUAUUCCAAAUACGCUUAAAAUCUCGGAAUCGUUACCAAUACAGCGCACCUGCCAUCUGUCUCACUUAAUGAACAGAACGAUCCUGAUUGAGAGGAAUUUGUCUUCAUUAGAACAAGCCAACAUGCACACUGCAAUGCUGAAGGAAACUGUCGUUCUUUUCUAAAUUGAGACACAAAAAAUAGUACCAAUCAAUCUGUACAUGUUGGGGAAAAAGCCGUGAGAAUAAUAAAUGGAUUUGAAUGUUAAUUGCUGUGUUCUCCAAUAUAGUAGAACAUAUUGGCUAACAUUUUUGUAGGAAGCCUUGAGCAAUAGUUCCUUUAUUUUUGUAAAACAUACUUUCAGUAAGGUGUUAGGUGAGUCCCAGAUCAGCCAGCUACAUAGGAAUUAAGUGUUGGCUUUCUAAAUAUACUUGGAUAGUUUUCUUAAUCUUAACUGUAACAUUCAAUUUCAGGAAAUGACUAGGUUUGUACUGCAAAACGGAAUUUGCUGACAAUCCUAAAACCUCAGAGCAGAUUAUCAGUUCUGGUGGCAUUAAUAUGUCAUGCUGUAGCAACUUAGAACAGCUGAAGGUCUGUCCUUCAAACUUUUAGACUUUUUUCCUUUUCCCCAAGUUGCUGCUUAAUUCAAGUUUUACAGAGAAUCAGAUUUGCAAUGGUACUUUAACUGGAGAUACAAGAAAUAUGAUGCAGAAAUAUGGCACUACACAUUCACUAAGGACUGAGCCAGGAACCACCCAUUUUAUGAAAGAGCAGCUGAUGCCUUCUGGACCUGAAAACAGGAACUAUAUUGAGGAAUUAACAGAUUUUUGCCUGGUACAGUGACAUAGAGUGAUUAUAUAUUACAAUUUCUGGUGUUGCUGGAGGCAUUAUUGGUUGGGCUGAUGCCCCCAUCUCUUUCCUAUCCAUAGAGAUUUUUGACACAAAAAUCUGAAAUAAAUGAAUUUUUUUAAGUUCAAGUAUGAUCUGA